UGUGUGAAAGUAGUCCCUGUAACAGAAUGGGAUGGCGGUAUUGAUAUGGUAUGUUCGCGUUUGUGGUCGUUUUAAGUGAAUUAUCCAUUAACUUUUGGGAAUGCUAAAUUUGUUUUAAAAAAUGGAAUAGAUAGGAUUUUUAAGUCCUAGAAUCUCUAGGAUGGGCUGGAUGUGGCUUUUGGUCUUCAUCUCCUGUUUUUAUCUCACAAGAGCAUCUCCACUUCUGCUCUUUGCAAAUCGCCAAGAUAUAAGACUUAUUGAUAUUCAUGGCUCAGGAAGAAAUGAAUCAAAAAUAUUUAGCAGUGGUGUUGAAGAUGCUACAGCAUUGGACUUCUAUAUUGCAGGAAAUAAGAUAUUUUGGACAGAUAUUGGUCUUGAGAUGAUCAAAGGAAUGCAUAUCAAUGAUUCUAAGUCACUGAAGAAAAUUAUUACUACGGGUUUAAUAUCUCCUGAUGGCUUGGCUUGUGAUUGGUUGGGAAAAAAAUUAUACUGGACAGAUUCUGAAAGUAAUAGAAUUGAAGUCAGUAAUCUUGAUGGCAGUUUCAGAAAAGUACUAUUUUGGGAUAAUCUUGACCAGCCUCGAGCUAUUUCUUUGGUACCAAUGGAUGGGUUAAUGUUUUGGACUGAUUGGGGAGAGACUCCAAAAAUUGAACGAGCAGGCAUGCACGGUGAACAGUCAACGAGAAAAGUCAUAGUAACCAAGGAUAUAUUUUGGCCCAAUGGAUUAACAGUUGAUUAUGAAACAAAGAGGAUAUACUGGGCUGAUGGAAAAUUAAAAUUCAUAUCAAGUAUGGAUUUUAAUGGUGAACAUCGUCAGAUGGUGGUUCAUGGAGAAGUGCUUUCUCAUCCAUUUGCUCUCACCCUCUUUAGAGAUAAAUUAUAUUGGACAGACUGGCAAACAAAAUCCAUUCAUUCGUGUAGUAAAACAAGUUGCUCAAGCGUUGAAACAGUGGUCAGUAAACUCAAAUCACCUAUGGACAUCCAUGUUUAUGUAGAAGAAAGACAACGUUAUGUUGAAACUAGGUGUGAUACAGACAAUGGAGGUUGCUCUCAUCUGUGUCUAAUGUCACCAGUUCAUCCAUUUUAUGCCUGUGCUUGCCCAACUGGAAUUAGGCUACUGGAGGAUAACAAAACAUGUGCCUAUGGAGUUCAAGAACAACUACUGUUAGCAAGACGGACUGAUCUGCGAAGGAUUUCGCUAGACACACCAGAUUAUACAGAUGUUGUGUUGCAGCUGAAAGACAUUAAACACUCUAUAGCUAUUGAUUAUGAUCCAAUUGAGGAAUACGUGUAUUGGACAGAUGAUGAAACCAGGACAAUCAAAAGAGCAUUUUUAAAUGGCACAGGUCAAGAGAAUUUGAUUGACACUGAAAUUCAGCAUCCAGAUGGUAUAGCUGUUGACUGGAUAGCAAAAAACAUCUAUUGGACAGACACCGGAACAGAUCGUAUUGAGGUAGCACGCUUCAAUGGAUCAUCAAGAAAAGUUUUAAUCAGUGAAAACUUGGAUGAACCCAGGGCUAUAGUGGUUGAUCCUCCUGGAGGAUAUAUGUACUGGACAGAUUGGGGUAAUAAAUCAAAGAUUGAAAGAGCAGCUCUUGAUGGAACAUUAAGAGAAAUUCUAAUCAGCACAGGUCUUUUUUGGCCAAAUGGACUAGCUAUUGAUUAUGAAGAGAGAAAACUCUAUUGGGGUGAUGCAAGAACAGACAAAAUUGAAGUAUCAAACUUAGAUGGGACAGAUCGCCGAGAACUAGUGUCAGAUCAGCUGCCACAUAUUUUUGGAUUUACUCUAUUGGGAACCAAUGCAUGUGCUAUCAAUAUGGGUAAUUGUAGUCACUUGUGCUUGAACCGACCAGGAAAAAGCUAUGUUUGUGCCUGUCCAAUGGGCUGGGAAUUAAAAACUGACAAUAAAACGUGUAAAGUUCCCGAAGCAUUCCUCUUAUACUCCAGUCAAGUUGGUAUUCGACGCAUAUCAUUAGACACCUAUAAUGUGGAAAUUGUCCCUGUGUCGAGUGCUGAAGAAAUAUAUGCUCUUGAUUCUGAUAUUGGAGAAAACCGUCUUUAUUGGACUGAUACGAAGCAUAAGAGGAUUAGUCGUGCCUUCAUAAAUGGUACCAAUGUAGAGUACAUUGUCACUACUGGAUUAGAAGUUCCAGAUGGUAUAGCAGUUGACUGGGUGGCCCAUAAUCUCUACUGGACUGAUAUGGGCUACGAUCGUAUAGAGGUUUCUCGACUUGAUGGAACAUCACGAAAAGUUCUGAUCUGGAAAGACCUUGAUAAUCCACAUUCAAUUGCAUUACAUCCUGGAAAAGGCCGAAUGUAUUGGAGUGUUUGGGGUAAAGAUCCAAAAAUUGAACUAGCUGCAAUGGAUGGAAGUAAAAGAAAGAUGCUUAUUGGGAAAGUAGGACGUGCCAAAGGAUUAACAGUCGAUUAUCAAAAGGAGAAGCUCUACUGGGUUGAUAUUGACAAAUAUGUUAUUGAGUAUUCUGACUUGGAGGGAAAUGAACGAAAGCAGUUUGAAGUAUCUGGUUCACCAUUUUUACUUACUCAGUAUGGAAACUACAUAUACUGGAAUGAUAACAACAAGAAAACUAUACAGAGAGUUUCUAAAAGUGAUGGUGGAAAUCAUUCACUUGUACAUAGUUCAAUGGAUGAUAUAUACAGUAUGCUUGCAUUCCAUGCCUCAAGACAUUCUGGUUGGAACCCAUGUUCUGGUAAUGGAGGAUGUUCACAUCUCUGUCUGGCACUUUCUCGUUCGAACAAAACAUGUGCCUGUCCCACACACUUUUUGUUAGAUAAUGAAAGUGGAAAGUGCAAUGCUCCUAGAAAAUUUUUGCUGUAUAGUCAGAAGUCUUACAUCAGUCGAAUAGUUAUAGAUAGUGAAGAAUCUCCAGAUACCAUCCUUACAAUUAAUGAUCAGAGGAAUAUAAAGGCUGUAAGUUAUGAUCCUGUUGAAGAGUUUGUAUAUUGGAUCGAUGGCCGAUCACAGACUGUCAAACGUGGAUUUGAAAAUGGAACUAUGAUUUCAACUAUAGUAGCAUACUCGAAGAAUUCCCUUUGUCCAGAUGAUAUAGUUAUUGAUCCGUACUCCCGAUUACUGUACUUGAGUUGCACUGAGAAAAAUAUGAGUAGUAUCAACGUAACACGUUUAGAUGGUACACCAGUUGGAGUCUUGAUUACAGGAGAAAACCAGAAACCUCGUGCUUUAGCCCUUCAUUUUACUAGAGGCCUAUUAUAUUGGAUAAACAUUGUGAGUUCGCCUCGAAUUGAGAGAGCCAAGAUGGAUGGGCUCGAAUCCGUUACGGUCAUCAAGGAGGGAUUACAAAAUCCUGAGGCCAUAGCUGUUGAUAGUGAUAAAGACAUAUUGUUCUGGUCUGAUUAUGGUACAAAUAGAAUAGAAUCAUCUGAUAUUGAUGGUGGUCAUAGAAAAACUCUACGGCAUGAUAACAAGAUGAAGCCAUUAUCACUUGCUGUUUACAAAGAAUUCCUGUACUGGAUUGACAGUAAACAUGGAACUCUUCAACGAUUCAACAAGUUAACAGGUGAAGACUUUAAACAAGUGUUGGCUCGGAAAAACCAUUUGACAGAUUUAAUAUCAGUAUUUCCUUAUAAACACUUUGAGAAGCGUUCAUGUAUUAAUGGUAAUGGAGGAUGUACUCAUCUGUGUUUAUUCGGAAAUAAUGGAGAAAAACGUUGUGCUUGUCCCAAAGAUCUUAUUCUUGCCAAGGAUGGCAAAUCUUGUAUCAACCCUCCUUGUCCUUCAAAUAAAUUUUCUUGCUCUAAUGGAAAGAAUUGUAUUCCCAUAGAGUGGCGGUGUGAUGGAUCUUCAGAGUGUGACGAUGGAUCAGAUGAAAGUAAUUGUCCAGAGUGUAAUGCACAUCAGUUUACCUGUAAGGAUGGACACUGCAUUACAUGGGACCAUGUAUGCGAUGGUAUUCCACAGUGUUCAAAUGGAAUUGACGAGAAGUGUUGCAAAGAUAGCUUUUUAUGCCAUGAAAGUGUAUCAGGAGUGUAUAACUGUAUUCAGAGUUUUCACUUGUGUGAUGGUGUACCUGAUUGUCCAGAUGGUUCAGAUGAAGAAGAGAGUCAAUGCAAGAACAGUCAUCAUCCUCAAGUUCAAGUAGAUUAUUACUUGAUGGAGAUGAACAAAACAAAUUAUACAAUUGGCAUUGUUAUUGCCGUUGUAGUAGUUUUACUUAUUGGUGUUCUUGCUUACAUUUGUAAAAAGAAAACGCAAGGUUUUGAUGAAAGUGAGGAAGGAGUAGAUGUAGCAGUAACUUACAAAGUUCUGAACCAGCAACAAACAUCUCUGUUAAAUAGAAAAAAUCUUCCUACAGGAGUUAUUGUCCCAGCUCAAGGAAACUCAACAUGUCCAGGACGAAGCGUUUGUCGGUCGGAGCUAGAUAGCACUAAUAGCCCCUUGUAUGAUCGAAACCAUGUCACGGGAGCCUCGUCGAGUAGUUCAAGCACAACUCCGUAUCCUCAAGAAACUCGAAAUCCCCCACCAAGUCCGGUCACCAUUCAUUCUCAGUGUACAUAUGACUGUUGUUGUUCAUCCAGUGUUUCAUUAUCUCGCAAGUCCCAUCCUUACUAUCAUGAAAGAAGUUGUUUUUCUCCGUCUACAUCUUUCAUCACUGAUGCGUGUGGUAAUGAGAGUGAACCUUACCCUUACAGGCAGAGACAUUACAAUUCAAGAGUUGAGUUGUCUUAUGACUCUGACACUUGUCAUCUACCAAAGACGAAAAACCAUUACAUAAUGACAUACAGUUCUGACAGCUGUCCACCUCCCACUCCUCCAACAGAACGAAGCUAUUGUAGUUUCUACAUCCCACCACCACCCUCACCAGUGCCAGAGUCAGACUGCUAGAAUGAGGACAUUUGCAGUUAUGGGUUUUGCUUUUCCAGAAAAAUAUUUAAAUUUUGAUGAGGAAUGUAACUAUAUAUAUAGUUAGAUUAUUUAGUUUUUCAGUCAUGCUUCAUGUAUGAAAAAGUUGAUUUCUGAGAAUGAAAUCAGAUAUUUAAUUUUUAUCUUUGUCAAUUUCAUGCAGAAUACUUAUAAUAAUUUGAAAUUUAAUAUUAUGAACAGUUGUAAUUCGUGAUGUUUUUAAAUAUUUUUUUACUGAAGUUUAAAGAUGACCAUAAUGUUAUUUUUUCUAAUUAGUAAGCAAAAAAAUCUGAAGCAUUAGGAUGGCACUACUGUUACUUUUUAAAUUGGUAUACAAAAAAUAUAAAGAUGACAACCAUUAUUUUUUAAUUUGUACACAAAAAUCUGGAGUGUAGAGAUGACACUACUUUAAUUUUUAUGAAAUUCAACUAGUUACAUACGUAUUGUGACACUGCCCGAAUAUUUUAAAUAUUUCUGCCAAAACCAAAAUUCCAACAAGUUCACAAGUUUUUAUAUGCUACAUGUUUUUAUAUUAACAGUUUUGUUAAUGGUUUUUACCAUAAUUUUUGUAAU